UUUUUUUUAAUCUCCAUUUUAGACAGCACUGACGCAUCAUCAAUAGGCUUCAUGACUGGGACAAUGUGCCGGGAUAUGGUCAGUUCCUGAUGGCCCAUGUCUAUCAAUAUCAGGCAGUUUUCCCAUUACUGAAUCUCUGUGUGACCUGGGAGAUGGAUAGGCAGAGCCCAGGAGAGAAGCAGGCAGACACUAAUAGGACUGUAGCCACCGCCACCACCCCCACCACAUCAGCUGCCGUCACCAUGGCAACAGUCAGCCCCAGCAGCAGCACCACGUGCACCCAGGCGCCCCCCACUUCCCUCAGCAUCAUCUCGCCCGACAGACAGGCAGUCCAGGUGAUCCACAAUGCCAUCCACCGACCUCAGAGCAUGGCGGCCCAGUACCUGCACCAGAUGUACGCAGCCCAGCAGCAGCACAUCAUGCUGCGGACAGCAGCCCUGCAGCAGCACCAGCACACCCCCCAUCUGCAGAGCCUGGCCACCAUACAGCAGGCUUCAGUCUGUCAGAGGCAGUCGCCUUCGUCAUCCGGUGGUAGUUUGAUUCAUCAGCCCGCCGGCGUUUCUCAAAACUCUAUUACUUUACCAGCAUCUCCAGUGACAGCACAGCUGAUUGGCCGAACCCAAACAUCCACUGGUGCUGCGACCACCAUAUCCCAGCAGGCCAUGCUCCUGGGAAACAGACCGGCCAACUGUAACCAAGCUCAGAUGUACCUUCGCACUCAGAUGCUUAUUCUAACCCCUGCAGCCACGGUGGCUACAGUUCAAUCAGACCUCCCUGCUGUCACCUCCUUACCUACCUCCUCUCAGGUGCAGAAUCUAGCUCUGCGUGCCCACUUGCCUGGAGCUCUGGCUACAGCCCACAGUGUGAUUUUAAAGCCAUCCGCCCAGUCCCAAGCUCUGACUCCAGCCUCCUCUUUAUCCAAGACGGCAAUCUGCUCACUGAAGACCAACCAGCUGACCGACACCUCAACGGAAACAGGAUCGACUGAUGCCACCCGGCAGGCCUCGGGACAUCAGAUCAUAACCCCAGCCUACUCUCCGGUGCAGACCCACGCUCUGGUCAAGCAGCAGCUGUCCUGUCCACCAGGCCAGCGGAUGGCGCACCACCAGCUCAUCCUCCAGCAGGCAACAGGAGGAGCUUCAAACCACAGGCAGCUCCAGCCCAUUGCCCUCAGAGUAGCACCUCAAGAAAGCAACUCCAACCCUCUUCCUCUUUCAGUAAAAAAACUGACCACCCCGACCUCGCAGUCACAGACCAACAAUGACCGCCAAACACCUGCUUCUUUUUCUUCUUCUUCUGCCUCUUCAUCUGUCACCAGUGUGUUCGCAUCAUCAGCUCAGACCUCAAUCCCAGCCGCCGCAGUCCAGCCUCAGCCUCCUCCUCUGGUAGCCGCUCCGCAGCGUCGGACUUCAUUCCCACAAAUGCAGAACCACCCCCCGCCUCCUCCUCCACCUCUGGUUCUCCCUAGGCUACCCCAGAAUCCCCCAGCCUCCCUCCAGAGGCUGUCCCUGCACUCAGUCCAGGCUUUGGCUGUCCAGUCGGGUCGGGUGAUGCUGACAGAGCAGGAGCUGCCUGUUGCGGAGGCUCUGGUCCAGAUGCCCUACCAGAACCUUCCACCUCCUCAGACGGUGGCUGUUGAUCUGAAAGUGCAUCCGGUCAGACGCAAUGAAACACCAUCAUCAGGGCAAACACGCAAAGUGAAUGGACUGAACUCAGAGGAGAGGAAAGGUGAAUCUUCUCCAAGCCCACAAAGAGACAGGACGCCAACAUCGCUCACUGGACCUCCUAAACAGAAUGGUGCAGCAGCCGUGGCUUCAUCCUCUAUCGUAUCCAGUCGCUCGGUGGUCAGGUCAACAGAGGUGGAAGAGCCGUCCCAGCUCACCACCACCUGCAGCAGCAGCAGCAGCAGCAACAACAGCAGCAACCCUCCUCCUCCAUCCCCUCCUCUACCUCCUCCCAUCCUCCCAGCAGCAGUAAGAGGCCCCAGCCAGCCCCCCUCGUCCCCAGCCAGCCUCCCAGGGAGCCCUGAUAGGAUCCUUACAACCCACGUCCUCACACACCUCGUAGAGGGCUUCGUUAUCCGAGAAGGCCUGGAGCCAUUCCCGGUGGUCCCCUCGUCGCUGUUAGCAGACCAGCAGGCGUCACUUCCUGAAUCCCAGGAGAUACAAACCAAUGGGGACGCAACAGGAGAGGACAGUCCUCUGGAUGCUGACCAGUCAGAUUCAUCAGACUCUGAGAUGGAAAACGACGGCCCGGCAGCAGAUGUUGCAGAGCUCGGGGAGAGUGUUGCAGGCGUCCUGCAGUGUGAGUUCUGUGGCAGCAGAGGUUACGCUCACACGUUUCUACGCUCCAAACGUUUCUGCUCCAUGACAUGUGUCAGAAGGUUCAGUGUGAGCUGCACCAAGCGUAUCACCAUGCUGAGAGCAGGCCGCUGGGGUCACAGGCCUAUGGGCAGGAGAGGACGACCCCCCAGCAGAGUCAAUGGAGCCUCCAGAGAACAUUUUCUGAGACAGGCUCACAGAUCGUUCAGCUCCGAGGAGGCCCACGAAGACCAGGAGGAAGAAGACGACGAUGAGCCUCCCGUUCCCAUGACAACCCGUCUCCGUAAACAGGCUGAGAGAGAGCGAGAGAGGGAGCGAGAGCAGGAGAGACAGCAGGAGGAGCAGAGGAUGACGGAAACGAUCAGCGUUUCUGACGGAGAAGAAGAGGAAGAGGAAGACGAAGAAGAAGAAGGAGAGGACGUCGGCUGUCCGUCUCAGUGGAACGUAGAACAAGUGUUUUCUUAUAUCAACUCCCUGCCAGGCGGUCAGGACGUAGCCCAGGAGUUUCGCUCCCAGGAAAUAGAUGGACAGGCUCUGCUGCUCCUCACAGAGGACCACCUGGUCAGCACCAUGAACCUUAAACUGGGACCUGCACUGAAACUCUGUGCACACAUUAACUCUUUGAAAGAUGCAUAAACAGCAAAGAUUCAAACUCUCAAAGACUGGAUUCGUGUUGAUCUGGAUCAGGAUCUGAACGGCCCAUGUUUAAGUUGUCUUACCUGUGCUCGGACUUGGACAAAGAGCGGCAGAUUUUCCUGAGACCACUGCCAAGGCUUUCAGUCCUGACGCCUGCAGCUGUUCCAGCUGUUCGCCCGUCGCACAGAGUGAAGUCCACACAGCAGACGUCAUUCCAUCGUAGUGAUUGGAGCAGUUCGGCUCCAGUUAUCCAUUUGUUUCAAAAUGGUUUUAAAGGUCAUUUGUACCAUUUGUGAACAAAGACAUUUAAAUUAUUUACACAUAAAACUUAAAAGGAUGUGGUUCAAGCUCAAAGUUUACAGAACAGAUUAUUGCCUACUGACUCACAGAAGAACUUAUCAUCAGCAAACAAACAAACUGUUGUAAUGACUUAUGGAAACAAACUGAUGACAAGGUUGUUAUUUAUGAAUUAUUUAUUAUUACCAUAAUUAAUAUACAAAUAAAACCAUUCAAAUAUUCU